AUGAGAUGCACCAGAGGAGAAGCUGGGGCCCCCUCAGCUCUGGCCACCAAGACUGGGCCCCUGGGUCUGUCUCCCAAAAAGGUUGGUGACAACAUUGCCAAAGUUACCGGUGACUGGAAGGGUCUGAGGAUCACCGUGAAGCUGACAAUCCACAACAGGCAGGCAGCGAUUGAGGUUGUGCCCUCUGCAUCGGCACUCAUCAUCAAAGCUCUGAAGGAGCCCCCCCCAUGACAGGAAGACGGUCAAGAACAUCAAGCACAGUGGAAGUGUGACUUUUGAUGACAUUUUGGGCAUUGCCCGCGUCAUGAGGCCUCGCUCCAUCGGAAGAGAGCUGUCCGGAACCAUCAAGGAGAUUCUGGGCACAGCUCAGUCUGUUGGUUGCUCCAUUGAUGGUCGUCCU